AUGGCCUCCAUCUUUACUUUCGAUCCUGACCCGCCACGCGUGUCCUCGCCAUGGGCCACGCCUCCUGCUGGAAACGGCGCAAGCUCUCUGGCUCCUCAGCAAGCAGCCAAGCCGAUCCCCUCACGACUUGGGGUCAAUGAUGGGCGAAAGAUGCUGACUAGCGCUCAAAUACCCACCAUUGACAACACCACGGUCACCCGACUGGAAGCAGAACCACAGGAAGGCCCAACGGAGUACAAACUGCAUCUACUUCUCAAACGACGAAGGUCUUUCACGCGUUUCAGCACUGGACUGCGGGCUUCCGGCUCGCUGCGUCGUGGCGACGGCACGAGUUCUGUCGCCGUCAACCGCGCCGUAACGGAGUCGGGCGCGCUUGCUAGCACACCGCCCCGGUUGACUUCUAUCCAGUCGCGGCAGCAUCGUUUGGAGCAAUUGACUACCCAGCUAUUGUGGCGUUUGCAACAGUCGUGUCCAUAUCACAUCUCCUCAUCAACGGCUCCCCUGCUUCCUCAUCUCCCGGAUGACGCUAAACUCACAACGCCUGAGAUGCCUCAGCGGCUGCUUCCCGGGCUCGAGGAGAGCAAAGGCGCGUUGUACGAGAUUGGAGUCGCGGAUGACGGAUCCAUCGUAGGCUUGGCAGAAGAUGAGAUGGAAGAGAGUCUCAACAAUCUACGCGCCAUGGCUGCAAGUCUCGGCUGUCGGGUAGAAGUGCAGCGCAUGCUCUCUGUUGGCGAGUGUGAGUGGGUCGAGAACAACGGUACCAAACAGCGCAAGGUGCGGUCUUCCAAAUUAUUAGCUGCCGAGGCGCUGGUCAGUCCGGAUCGACACCUUGUGGACCAUUCGAAAGUAGCUCAGCACGCUGAACAGGAGGUCUCGAAAGAUGCUUCCACAAGCACUGCAAGUGCGGCAGUUGCGUCUAGCGAGAGCCAGUCGAGUGUCGAGCAGCUGAGAGUGUCCUUGAUUGGUGCAACCAUGUCUGGAAAGUCCAGCUUACUCGGCACUCUGUCCACGGCAACGCUCGACAACGGGCGCGGAAAGAGCCGCCUCAGUCUUCUGAAGCAUAGACAUGAGAUCGCCUCAGGCAUGACUAGCUCCGUCACGCAGGAGCUCAUUGGGUACCGCGAUGUCGUUGAGCCAGACGGUGCGGUGUCAACGCAGGUCAUCAGCUACGGCUCUGGGGAUGUCGACGCGUGGGUUGAUAUUCACGCUGCUGUCGAGGCCGCACAAGAGGGACGUCUGGUCGUCUUGUCCGACUCUGCGGGACAUCCACGCUUCCGACGCACAACAGUCCGAGGCAUCGUUGGCUGGCAACCGCACUGGACGCUUGUGUGUGUCCCUGCUGACAACACCGACGAGUCGUCAAGCACUUUACAGGAUACUCUUGGCCCAGCUGCCGCGGACCUUGGCUUGUCGCAGGCUCACCUCCAGCUCUGCCUGGAUCUGGAGCUGCCUCUUGUCAUCGUCAUCACCAAGUACGACCUCGCCACCAAAGCAGGUCUGCGUCAGACCCUGUCCAAGUUGUUGUCGGCGCUCAAAGAGGCUGGUCGCAAACCUUGCAUCAUCUCCGACCAGUCAACGUCUGCUCUGGACGUUGACAUCCAGGGGAUAAGCGCGGGUGACCUCCGAGAAGCCGAGACUACUUCACGACAGUUGGCUUCUUCGCCACUUGCAAUUGUGCCAAUAGUCUUGACAAGCGCUGUAAGAGGCACCGGGAUCAACAAGUUGCACGCUUUCCUGAGACAACUGCCAAUCCCCGCCGAAGCACCACCUCCAGACAAGUCACCGUCUCGUUUGUUCUAUGUCGAAGAUGUCUACAGCGUGCGAGGCAACGCACGUACAGACCGCUCUGCCAUUGUUGGAGGCUACUUGCGACAUGGGCGGUUGACGGUCGGCGAAGAGCUGCUUCUGGGGCCGUACCCAAUCGACAUCAGCUCGGACGACAGCGACAGCGGAAGCGGACGACCACGCAACUCUCCUGUGGCCACCUCGAGAUCUUACCCUGGUGCUCUCCAUAAAAGGAACAUCUCCUCGCGUGACAGACAUGUUGAGUGGCGACGCGUGCGCAUCACCUCGCUGCGUAACCUGCGCCUGUCUGUACGCGCGCUAUAUGCGGGCCAGCUUGGUACUGUAGCAGUCGAGCCUGUCGACACACCGAUACUGAGCCCAGCAAUCAACCGUAUCAGGAAAGGCAUGGUACUGGCGGACCGCCAGCCCCUGGCAACGAGAGUGAUGACAGUUCGCUUCGAGGGCGCCCAGGCAAGCGGUGCCGCCAGCCUUACCAUCGGCAAUGCGGUCGUUGUCUACGUUGCCAGUGUCCGCGCCUCCUCCAAGGUCAUCUCCGUUGCCACCGAGCCUGGAGAAUCUGUCGAAGCAUCCAAGGACGAAGCUGACGAUGAGGAUGCAUUCGGAUUCGGCUUCGACGACGAGGCGGACGAGCAGCCUGCGCAUGCCCCGCCAUCAGCAGUCACAAUCACGUUCCAGUUCAUCGCAUCCAAAGAGUUCAUCGAACAAGGAGCCAAAGUCCUGGUCAUGCCCGGCGGAGGACCGGGUCUCGCCGGUGCAACCGAGCGGGGAGCGAAAGGCGUCGCAGGCCUCGAGGGGUUCGUCGGCCAUGCCGUCGAGCAGUACUGA